AUGAUAGUUGUGGGGGAACGCGAUUUCCUCAAGAACCAGACCGCACGAAGAACAGGACUCCUGUCAUCGGCGGGAAAGGACCGACACUUUGACGUAACGACACGACCACAGGCACUGACGGAGUAUGUGUCAGUGAUCAACGAUAUCCUGGUGCAUCGUCCUCAACACGAUCCUUCCAUCAGGCCAGGCAGUAGAAUCGACAAGGAUACUCGACAAGGACCAAGUAGUUUCUCCGACCGCUGCACCGCUAAUGGAUUCGGCAGGACUUAG